AUGACAACAGGAGUUCAGGGUGGAUCUGGAAGUCUUAGAGUUGAGAAGACUCAACCAUCAGAUGAUAGUGCUCAUCGGAAACAGCAGGCGGAUAAGGAAAAGAGGAAAAUCAAGAAAGAAGAUAAGGAGAAGAAGAAAUCAAAAGAGCCGAAAGUUAAACCAGGGCCGCCUGGAACCGAAAAGUCGCCAACGCCACCGGAGAAGAAAGUGAGCAAUCUGUACAACAUUCUUGGAGAUGUUUCAGAUACAAAAAGCAGUUUGGAUGGAACGACUCCAGAUGGCUCAAAGAAGAAGAAGGAGAAAGAAGAAAAGGCUCCGAUGACACCAGAAGCGAAGACUCCAGAAACUGUUGGACCGCCUAUGAUGGAUGUGAAGAAGGAGGAUUCAAAACGAGGAUCAAAAGAAAAAGAAGAGCCAGUUGAGACGAAGGCAGAGAAGCCGAAAGAAGUGAUAAUAAAAGAAGGAUUGAAGUAUGGAUUUGAUGAGAUGAAAUUGGAAUCUGACAGAGAUAAUUUGGACGAGAAGCCGGAGAAGAAAAAGGAUGGGUCGGAUCCAAAGAAGCCGAAAGAUGCAUCUGAUCCUAAGAAGCUGAAAGACGGUUCGGAUUCUCCUAAAAAGCCAAAAAAUGGAUCUGAUAUCAAGAAACCAAAAGAUUCGUCAGAUCACAAAAAACCGAAAGUGGGAUCAGACCUUAAAAACCCCAAUGGGUCAUCAGAUCCUAAAAAGCCAAAAGAUGGGUCGGAUUCUCCUAAAAAGCCAAAGGAUUCUUCAGAUCCCAAGAAACUGAAAUCAGAGAGUCUGAAACUCAAAAAGACGCAAUCCACAUCACCAGUGAGUCAUUUAAGUUUGAGCUCAAUUAUCUCAAUUCCUACGCAAGAUUUUAGAAAUAUGCCAACUGAUAAGAUAUUUAUCAUACUGUCAUCAAUAUUUUAUCAGUUAACAUCAAUAUUUUAUCAGUUAAGGCAAUUGUCAAAACUUUGA